GGGAAAGAGUAAGAUUCCUUUUUCUUCAAUCAAAAUGGACGGAAAGGAUCAACAUUGCCACGCUCGUCGUAUUGCCAUCGCAGCAAUUAUUGUCUCAACAUGUGCUGUUGUGAGCUCAUUGGUUGCUCUUCCAAUGAUCUACAAUAUGGUUAUCAGUAUUCAAAGUGAAAUCUCUCAGGAAACUGGUUUCUGUAUGAUGCGUUCCCGUGACAUGCUUGUUAACAUGUAUUCAACUGCUGGAAAGAGUGGAUAUCGUGCAAAGCGUGCUUGGCAAUUCGGAUCAUGGGUUCAAGAUUCUGGAGUCGGAGGUGGAGCCGGUGGAUACGGUAGUGGACCAGCUGAUAGUGGAUAUGGUGCACAAGGAACCAACAAUGGAUAUGGACCAGUUGUUAAUGCUGAACCAGAACCACAAUGUUGUACAUGCCAACAAGGAAAGGCUGGACCACCAGGACCACCAGGAGAUGAUGGAAAGGACGGAAAUGAUGGAUCAGCUGGAAAUGAUGCUAAGAAUGGAAAGGAUGGAGGUGUUGGACCAUCUGAUGGACUUCAAUCUGAACCAUGCAUGAUCUGCCCACCAGGUGCACAAGGACUUGGAGGUGCUCCAGGAGCCAAGGGACCACAAGGACCACGUGGAUCACCAGGACUUUCCGGUGUUGAUGGAAGACGUGGAGAGCCAGGUAUGUCUGGACCAGCUGGAACUCAAGGAGAACCAGGACCACAAGGACCACCAGGAAAGAAGGGAGAUGAUGGAAGAGUUAUUAAUGUCAAUGGACCACCAGGAGCCGGAGGAGCCCCAGGACCACAAGGACGCAAGGGAGAACGUGGACCAAAGGGAGUUCCAGGAUCAGUUCAUCCAGGAGUUCAAGGACCAACUGGAGAUCAAGGAAGAAAAGGAAGAGCUGGAAGAAAGGGAGAAACUGGAGGACAAGGACCAAUUGGAUCAAAGGGACCAAAUGGAGAUUGCUUCCAUUGCCCAACUCCAAGAACUCCACCAGGCUAUUAAUUUCUCGUGGAUUCUGUGUUAUUUCAAUAAAUUAUUAUUUAUUCAAAAAA